CGGGAACGCACUACCAUGGCCUACUACCUGGACCAGUACCGUGGCGGGAGCGUCUCCGUGGAGGCCCUCGCCAUGGCCCUGUUUGAGCUGCUCAACACCCACGCCAAGUUCUCGCUUCUCUCCGAGGUGAGAAGCAUCAUCUCCCCGCAAGACCUGGACCGCUUCGACCACUUGGUACUGAGGCAGGAGAUCGAGUCCAUGAAGGCACGGCAGCCCCCAGGCCCUGGGGUGGGGACACCUACUCCAUGCUCUUACAGCGACACAGGCUCAUCCACAGGCAGCCACGGCACCUCCACCACCGUCAGCUCGGCCAGGGAGCGGCUGCUGUGGCUUAUAGACCUGAUGGAGAACACGCUGGACCUGGAGGAAAAUGGUGAGGCCACCCAGGGCAGGGUCAGUGCCCUCCCAGAUGUGUCCGUGGAUGAUGUCAAAUCCACCUCCAAGGGGCUGACCGGCAUCACACCACCUCCUCCCCCACCGCCCCUCACCCAAAGUCAUGAACGCCUGCUGGACCAGCCAAGGAAGCCGGCAAAGGAGGACCCCCAGCCCCCUCCCUCUGCACCAUCCCACUUGGGCAUCGUCUUCUCAGCGCCACGGAACUGCAGUCCACCGCUGGGCACCACGCCUGCACCAGGGGCCUCCUCCACACAGGACUCACCCUCCUCCCCCAUCUAUGCCUCUAUCUCCCCUGCCAACCCUAGCUCCAGGAGGCCACUGGACGGCCACCUGGCCCUGGUCAACCAGCACCCCAUCGGCCCCUUCCCUCGGGUCCAGUCUCCCCCGCACCUGAAAAGCCUCCCUGCAGAGACUGCGGGGACCGGGAGCUGCCUCCCAUCACCAUCACCCUCUGACCAUCCAGACCCAACGGGCACGAACCAGCACUUUGUCCUAGUGGAGGUACACCGGCCUGACAGCGAGCCUGAUGUGAAUGAAGUGCGGGCCCUGCCCCAAACUCGCACAGCCUCCACACUCUCCCAGCUCUCAGACAGUGGACAGACUCUGAGCGAGGACAGUGGCGUAGAUGCUGGUGAGGCAGAAGCCAGUGCCCCUGGCCGAGCCAGACAGACGGCAUCCACUAAGAGCAGGAGUAGCAAGGAGUUGCCUCGGGCUGAGAGGACAACAGAGAGGGCCAACAAACCGCCUGGCCUCCUGGAGCCCACAUCCACCCUGGUCCGUGUGAGGAAAAGCGCUGCCACCCUGGGCAUCGCCAUCGAGGGUGGUGCCAACACACGCCAGCCCCUGCCCAGGAUCGUCACGAUUCAGCGAGGGGGCUCAGCCCACAACUGUGGGCAGCUCAAGGUGGGCCAUGUGAUCCUAGAAGUGAAUGGGCUGACACUUCGAGGCAAGGAGCAUCGGGAAGCCGCCCGCAUCAUCGCUGAGGCUUUCAAGACCAAGGACCGGGACUACAUUGACUUUCUGGUCACUGAGUUCAAUGUGAUGCUCUAGGGGCCGGGCCCUGCCCAUCCCCCAGCCUGGCACUAUCAGGCUUCUGGAAGGGUUGGGCUGCAUGGCCAAGGGGAGCAGGCAGUCAUCCCCCCACUCCAUCCUGGCCCACUGGACCAGAACUGGGAGAGAAAGAGCCAAGACACAUGGAAGGUCACAUGAGAAUCUGUGUGCCG